AUGCGGGAUGGUCAGGCUCUGGAGGAAACCUCCGACGCCGUCGAUGAGGUCAACGUUUUGAAGGCCAACAUGAAGAAGGAGGCUGAGAGGAAGGAGGCCGAAGAGAAGGGUCUCUUCGACGAGUCCGAAUUCGACAAGGAGAAGGACAAGACCAACUUCCGCCAGUACGAGGACGCCUGCGACCGCGUGAAGAACUUCUACAAGGAGCAACACAGCAAGCAAACCGUUGCCUUCAACCUGAAAGCUCGCCACAACUUCAACAGCAAGACCCGCGCUGAGAUGACUGUCUGGGAGGCCAUGGAGAAGCUCAACACCCUCAUCGACGAGUCCGACCCUGACACCAGCCUUUCUCAGAUCGACCAUCUCCUGCAGUCCGCUGAGGCUAUUCGCCGUGAUGGUAAGCCCCGCUGGAUGCAGCUGACUGGUCUCAUCCACGAUCUUGGCAAGCUGCUCUUCUUCUACGACGCUGAGGGUCAGUGGGAUGUUGUUGGAGAUACCUUCCCUGUCGGCAUCGGCUUCGACGAGCGUAUUAUCUAUGGUCGUGAGUCUUUCAAGGACAACGAAGACCUCAACCACCCUGUCUACGACACAAAGUUCGGUAUCUACAGCCCUGGCUGCGGUCUCGACAAGGUCAUGCUUUCCUGGGGUCACGACGAGUACCUCUACCACAUUUGCAAGGAGCAGUCCACCCUGCCCGCUGAGGCCCUCGCCAUGAUCCGCUACCACUCCUUCUACCCGUGGCACAGCGCCGGUGCCUACGAGGAGCUGAUGGAUGAGCACGACAAGGACAUGCUCCGCGCCGUCAAAGCCUUCAACCCCUAUGAUCUGUACAGCAAGAGUGACGGCAUUCCUAGCGCUGAGGAGCUCAAGCCCUACUACAUGGAGCUGAUCAACGAAUACUUCCCCACCAAGGUUAUCAAAUGGUAG